GGCAUCGAGUGAAGCAGUACUAGUACCGGUAUUGGGUACCGGUAAAGCGCUGUGGUGAUUGCUGGCGGUGCCUGAAAAGAUCCCGGAAAAGUUUCAGGAUCCAGCAGGAUGCCAAUGAUGCCAGCUACAGUCGUACUAGUACCACGUAGCCUCAGACGGAACCUUCCUGCCCUAAUCCUUAAGGAGCAACUGUGCGUGGGGACAUGGCGCAACCACUCGUCAUUCGCCAAAGCGCGCACCCUCACUCUUUGAGCCACAACAACAACAAAACAACCGUCGACCGAUACUCCUUCCAAACGUUACAAGUAGUCUACCUUGGUGGUUGGUGUUGUUGGUUGGGUUGUUUCCCUGUUGAUUAUUUAUUUGGAAGGAGUUGGUACAAGUAGUGGCACGGUAUUAAUUUAAAAAAUGAACGAAGCAAGAGCUCAUCAGCUGGCCCCCUGUCGAACAGUGGUUACCAGCUUUAAUCCCCGCAAAACUCCAACCUCGGGCGACUACUUUGACGAUGGUGAUUGGGUGCUCUCGGUGUUGUCGUCUCCAACGUACAUUAGUUGCGCACAGAGCAAUGGCGAAAUUCAAGUCUACGAUCCUCGUCGCCUUCAUGUGGUAUACUCAUUUCCCAGGGUGCAUGACGGAAUGAUUACCGAUUUGGUCGGGGCUCCACCGCAACAAAAUGCCGAUCACAUCUUGGUAUCUUCUGGAACCGAUGGACGGGUCUGUGUAUUGGAUCUCCGACAACAGCAGCAACAACACGUUUCGUUCUCCUUGCCGCAUUCGCACGAACAAGCUUUGAGUGUGUCCAUGGGCUAUGAUGGCAAUUUGGCGGCCGUGGGAUCUAGCAAGGCCAAAAUUCACUUUUUCGAUUUGAGGCAAGCGUCGGCUCCCUUGGGAUCCUAUGUCAACAGCCACACGGAUGAAGUCACUCGUGUUCGAUUCCAGCAUGCCCCAGAGUACAACUUUAGUGCAUCCUCUACCACGAGCACUGCUGGAUGUCUGUUGUCUGGUUCCGAAGAUGGGCUGGCCUGUGUGUUUGACACUACCCAACCAUCCGAAGAAGCAGCUCUCAAAUCCGUCAUGAAUGCUCAAACAUCACUCCGUCAUGUCGGAUUCUUUGGUCCCAAUCUAGAAGGCGUCUACUGUCUCACGGGGUCGGAAACACUGAGCUUGUGGAACUGGGAUGCAGCGCAGUGUUUGGCCGAUUGCAGCGAUAUUCGUCAAACUCUGGGAGUCGAUUAUUUGACCAAUGCACAUUGGGACCACCGGCGCAACGAAUUGGCCAUUUUGGCGGGAUGUGCCAAUGGAGAUGCCUGUCUCAGUGCCAUGAAUGUAACACAAUCCAAUCCAACCAAGUUACACACCAGUCAUCGUUUGGCGGGUGGACAUCGGGGCGUAGUUCGUGAUUGGUGUCCCAUUUCGGCAGGGUUAUUGGUAUCGGUGGGGGAAGAUGCACGAAUGUGUGAAUGGAACCUGACGGGACGGCAAUCGAAUGCGACAGGAAAGGUAAGUGUCACACAGCAACAACAACAACAACAACAAACAGUACAACGCAGGGGAUCUGGAGCGAGUCAACAACAACAGCAACAACCGGGUUCAUUGGACUCGAGUCGACGAAAUGGAAAUGGACCCUUGCGGAGGCAGCGAAACAAACGUACAGUGAAUCCGUAUUGAUUGGGCGGUUGGCGUGCUGGGUGGUGGAGGUUCUGGAGAAGGACGGGAAUGAUGCUUUGGUUGGUUUGGUGUGAGCGAGGAGGUGCUAUAGAAAGUGGAAGGAACAAUUUUUGGUGAAAUGGAUGUGUUGGGAAAGAAAGUGGUUGUUGUGGUUGCACUCGAACGACCACACAAGGCCGUGAGAGUGAUUCGAUUCAAACAACUUCAAUUGUCUCUCGUCUGUUAUUGCGAUAGCUAAGAGAGGAUAUAAUCGUGUGUUGUUAUAC